AUGCUCAAUACUCUCCAGACACCGUACCAGAUCCUGAAACAGCGGCGUGAAGCCGGUAUCAAAACGGAUGAGUCCUCGAACCAAAAUAUGCGGAAAUGUCUCGCCGCAAUUGGUUAUUCGGUUCAGUCCAUCCUUGCUACUCAAAACGACCUCGCCAAACUGAAUGUCAUCCAUGUAGCCGGUACAAAAGGAAAAGGCUCAACAUGUGCCUAUGUAGACUCCAUGCUGUCAUGGUAUCGCGCCGCUCAUGGUCUCCCUAAGAACAUCGGCCUCUACACAUCUCCGCAUUUAGUUGCCGUGCGUGAGCGUAUCCGCAUCAAUUCGGCUCCUCUCACCGCUCCGUUAUUUGCAAAGUACUUCUUCGAGGUUUGGGAUAGGCUAGAGGCCGCUGCCAAACAGGAACCUGACCUCGAGAAGCCACUCUAUUUUCGGUAUCUAACGCUCCUAAGCUUUCAUGUUUUUCUGCAGGAAGGUGUAGACGCGGCCAGUUAUGAGGUGGGUGUAGGGGGGGAGUAUGAUUCUACGAAUAUCGUGGAGCGUCCCGCCGUCACGGGGAUUACGACUUUGGGUAUUGACCAUGUUUACUCUCUCGGGGAUACGGUUGGCAAGAUCGCCUGGCACAAGGCUGGGAUUCAGAAAAAGAGAGUCCCGUCGUUCACAGUUGCGCAGAACCCCGAUGCCCUGGAUGUCAUUGAGAAGCGGGCGGCCGAAAGGCAUGUCGGGGCUCUUAAACUGGACCCAGCCUACCCACCCUCCCCUGAUUCUAUUCCCAGGGAAUUGAGCCAGGGAAUUGAAAAGGUCGUUUGGCGAGGUAGAUGUGAGGCUAAGACUGAAGGAAAUCUGACGUGGUAUCUCGACGGUGCCCACACAACGGAUAGCGUUGAGGUAGCCACUAAAUGGUUUAGUGAUGAAUCUUCGCAAGAACCCGCAUCUCGUGUUCUCGUCUUCAACCAGCAAGGCUUUCGCGAGGCAGUUGCCCUCCUAGAAGGUCUCCAACAGGCUAUCGCACAACAGGGUCUGGUGAAUUUUGAUCAUGUCAUAUUUUGUGCCACUGACCAAAAUAGCAAAGGCCAGAAGAAAAAAGAUUUUGUCAAUAACAAUGCCGAUUCAGAAGCAAUAGCUGGACUUACACUGCAGAAGUCCUUUGCUGAAAAAUGGAGAGAAUUGGAUCCUUUGGCUUCCUCUACCAUCGGCGUUCUCCCAAGCGUCAAAGCUGCACUUGCUCAUGUUAGGAAUCUGGCGUUGGAGCAUAAUAAAGUUCAUGCAUUCCUCACAGGUAGCGUACACUUAGUAGGCACCGCGCUAUGUAGCUUUGAAGGCGUCGAUGCGUUGUCGACCGAAGGCGGUUGUUUACCUUUGAGCCGAUGGAACCAUGGUGGGUGA